UCACGGAACGGACUGAUCAAUUAGUCACUUAUAUAUACAUAUAUAUAUAUAAUAAUCUUUUCCUUCUUCGUUCAGUAAUUCUCAUACUAGUUCUCAUACUAACUCAGUACACUUCUGUUCCUAUACUUACCCUUACCCAAUGACACUUAAAACAAUAUACAUAGCCAGACAUGGGUAUCGAUCCAAUUGGUUACCAGAACCUCAUCCUCCCAGUCCUACAGGAAUUCAUAGUGAUCCACCAUUAGCAGCUCAUGGAGUUGAACAAGCUAAACAAUUGGCAGGAUAUUUACAUUCUUUACCAAGUUUAGAACAACCUCAAUUUUUAAUAUCUUCACCAUUUUAUAGAUGUGUAGAAACUUGUCAACCCAUUGCUCAAAUGUUAUCAUUAAAAGUAGUUCUUGAAAGAGGAGUUGGGGAAUGGUAUCGAAAGAAAAGGAGAGUAAUUCCAACUCCAGCUAAUUAUGAUGUUUUACAUCAAUUUUUUCAUGAAAUAUUAGUUGAAGAAUCAGAAUGGCCUCGUGAUGAAACUGUAGGAGUUAUACCUUCACUUGAUGGUGAAACUCCUUCAGAUAUAUUUGAUCGUGCAUCAUUAUUUUGGUCUAAAUUUAUACCUAUAUUUGAAUCAAAAUAUCCUCAAAUAGAUACUAUAUUAAUUGUUACUCAUGCAGCUACAAAGAUUGCCUUGGGAAAUUCUUUAUUAGAUUUAAAAAGUGUUCAUGAUUCAAUUGAUGAACAUGGAACUAAAUUAAGAGCAGGGGCAUGUUCUUUAGAUAAAUAUAUUAGAAGCAAUGAAAAUUCAUGGAUUAAUAAAAUGAAUGGUAAUUGUACAUUUUUAACUAAAGGAGAAGAAAUGCAUUGGGAUUUCCUGUCGACUGUAGAAGCUGGAUCAGAUGAAGAUAUUAGACUUCGUAAAGAACGAGAAGAAUUAGAGAAGAAGAAACAACAACAACUGCAACAACAACGAGAAACAACUCCUGUGACAGAUAUUGCUAGUGGGAAUGAAGGGAUUUCCAAUGAAGAUUUUGAAGUAAGUAAAAUUUAGAGAAAUAUACUAUUUAUUUUUAUUUUGAUUAACUAACUAAUUUGUAAUUUUCUUAGGAUAUAUAUGUGACGGUAGAUAUACCGAUGAUUGGGAAAUCUUCGGUUGGGUAUGAUGAUUCUAGUACUAGUAAUGAUCUUAGUAGACACCAUAAUAAAGGUGGUAAUGCUAAUGCUACUAGUAGUGGUAGUAAUAGUAGUAGUAAUAGUAAUA